AUGACUUUUGCAAGCAAGCUCCCGCUGAAUUUCUGGGUAGAUGCGGUGGAUUACUCAGCGUACAUACUGAAUCGCAGUCCCACAAGCUCGAACGUCAACCGAGCAUCACCAAUCAAGGUGCUAACAAGUCAAGCACCCGAUCUUCGUGAUAUCGUUACUUUUGGUUCGUUGUGCACAGUGUACCGUGACCCGAAGAAGAACUCCUUUGCACAUCGGGCUCAGAUUGUUAUCAUUGUGGGUCGCAGCAACGAGACCAAAGGAUAUCGUGUGUUCAUACGCACGGCCAACGGAAUGAUCGUGACCCAACACGUCAAGAAUAUUAAGACACCCUCUGACAAGCACAGCGAGCAGCUACUCUACGACGCAGGACCUGAGGAGGAAACAUUUUUGAUUGUCCCCGUCGUAGCUAAAACAAAGGGUAAGGCUAAUCAGAAAUCGUGGGUAAGUGCAUCCCAUGCCACACGAGGGGCUGCCAAGCGAGCGGCACAAGACAGUAAACACGUGACAAAUGAUGUACCAGCUGUGAUGCAAGUUAACGAAGAUGAUCCCAAGACACACGCGGGGGCAAUGCGCAGCACGAAAGCUGAAGGAUGGAGAAAGGAAAUGCUCGAGAAGAUCCUCGCUCUCCAAAACAAUGGUGUCUAA